AUGGAGAAAAAUAACGACAGUUAUUUAAGUGACAAGAAAGCAGCUAGAAAAUCGUACGAAGAUGAAAGAAAUAGGUUGGAGAAGGAAUUUACACGAAUCAAAGAUGAGGUCCAGAAAAACAAACUUGAUUACACCAAAUGUGUUGAUAAAGUAAGAGUGGAACGUGCCAAAUAUGAAGAUGCAAAUGCAAAAGGUAAAGCCGGGAACAAGCUAGAAAGUGCCAAACAGAGCUAUGUACAGGCUAGUGUGAAGUUACACAAACUACAUAACAAAUACAUUCUCUCGCUAUGUGAACUAAAGAGCCAUCAAGAACAUUAUAGCAACAAAACUUUACCAUAUUUCCUGGACCAUCACCAGGCCAACCAAGAGAUACUUGUUCAACAAUGCAAAGAUUUUCUAGAAGAGUUCCAGAGUUUGACAACAUUCUCUACAAAAGAUCAUAUCGCUGCCUACCAGUCUAUAGAAAAUGCCGUACAAGACAUCGUACCUGAGAAAGAAUAUACAGAGGAUUUUGCCGUUAAAUACAAAUCGGACCCAUUUACACCAGUGACAAUAGACUUUGAUGGUAAAAUACUAGACGAUUAUCAGGGAACAUUAGUACCGAACCGUCUCGCUGUUGACGAUUUUACACAAGAAUCACUGGAAUCACAAAAACAAACACUGUCCGAAGAAAUAGAUAGUAUAAAGAAACAGCUACAAGAUUUAGAAUCGGAAAAAAAAACGUCGGCAGACAGAGUAAGGGAUCUACGUAAGGACAUGUCAAAGUUGUCUCAUGAAGAAAUGUCUGAGUACCUUGAGAAGCGUAAACAGUUUGAGGAGCUGAAGAAAAAGAUAGCCGAGCUGGAAAGUAACAUGGCAACGAAAGCUGAUCUUAUCAAGAUAAUCGAAGAACCGCUAAAUAAAUUAGGUGAUGGCACGCCUCCGGCAGCUCUCGAUAUACCAGAUAUUUCCCUAGACAAUGUGUCCACUCACAGUGGCGGUGACGAGAAGAAUAGUAAAUUGAAAAUGUUUAAAAAUCUCAAGAAGAUGAACCCUUUAAGAUUGAUGCGGGAAAAAAGCCAGAUAGAGAACGGACAGAAAGAAGACGGUCCACAAAAUUACGAACAACAAGAAACACACCCUUCUUCCAGUGUGGAUUCCGGUUUUGCGUCUUGUUCAGCAUCACCUGCUAAAAAGUUAGAAGAUGAAGAAUGGUUCCACGGAGUUUUACCGCGAGAGGAAGUUCAGCGUCUGCUGUCAGACGACGGCGAUUUCCUGGUGCGAGAGAGCAAGAAUAAACGUACCAAUGAAACGCAAUAUGUACUGUCGGCCUACUGGCAGGGAUACCGUCAUUUCAUCAUACAGUUUCAGGAGGGCGGUUGGAGGUUCGAAGGCAGCACAUAUCCCACAAUUCCAGAGCUUGUAAAUCAUCAGUACCACAGUGGUCAACCAGUCACUAAUAAAUCAGGAACCAUUCUGUCGAAACCGAUACUCCGGGAAUCCUGGGAACUGAACAACGAUGAUAUAGUGCUUGAAACAAAAAUCGGAAAUGGCAAUUUUGGCGAGGUGUUUAAAGGUGUGUACAAACGAACCAGUGAGGUUGUAGCAGUGAAGACGUGUAAGGAUACGUUGUCAGAAGAACAAAGAAAGAAGUUCCUGAUGGAAGGCCGUAUAUUAAAACAGUACGAUCACCCUAAUAUAGUCAAGUUUAUAGGUAUUGCUGCUCAAAGACAACCUGUGAUGAUAAUUAUGGAAUAUGUUUCCGGAGGGGCUUUGUUAUCAUUUUUACGGAAAGAAGGAAAGAAGCAGUCAAGGUUAAAAGCUGCUCAAAUGUGCGUAGACGCAGCAUGUGGAAUGGCCUACCUCUCUGAUAAAGGGUGUAUUCACAGGGAUUUAGCGGCACGAAACUGUCUGGUCGGGGAUAAUCAUGUGGUGAAGAUAUCGGACUUCGGUAUGUCCAGAGAGGAAGAGGAAUACACCGUAUCGGACGGCAUGAAACAGAUACCGAUUAAAUGGACGGCCCCGGAGGCCCUUAACUUUGGAAAGUAUACGACGGCAUGUGACGUAUGGAGUUUCGGUAUAUUGAUGUGGGAGAUUUUUAGUAACGGUCAAACGCCGUACCCAGGAUGGACGAAUGCAAUAGCCCGUGAGAGUGUGGAGCAAGGGUACAGGAUGCAGGCUCCAGCCAGUUGUCCAGACAGUUUAUAUCAGUUAAUGUUAAAAUGUUGGGAUGGCAACCCGUCUACGCGAAUAAUCUUUAGUGACCUUCAUAAACAAUUGAAAGACUUAGUGGCUAAACCACCAAGAGGAGAAAACUGGUCAUAGCCCGCAUUUUUUGUUACAAAGGGAGGUAACUUUGUGUAUAUAGUGAAAAAACUACAAGAAACACCCAAGGGAGAGAACUGGCUAUAGCCAAGUUUUGUUAUAAAAGGGAAGUAACUGUGUAUAUACAGAGAUACUACAGAAACACCAAACUUUGUGAAGUGACAAUGAAAGUUUAGACUCUGUCUGGGUGAUGCGUGCCAUCAGAACAAAUGAAGAGUUGUUUGUUAUUUACAUAAGAACAAAAUUGACACAACUAAAAUGAAAUGAAUAAGUCAUGCUUAGGGUGCUAUAGUUAGGUGUUUUUUUAAUGAAAAAAGGGGGGAUAAUUUCUGUCAAAAUUUGGUGGAUAGCUUCUCGACUAUUUCCUCACAUUUUUGCAGCAAGAACAGGGUUGUAUGAAUUCGUAAACUUGCGUUAUAUUUGUUGCAAUGUCUAAUGCCAACAUUAAAGUAUUUUGUUAUGUUGAAGUUGAGAAAUAGCUGCCCCAUGUGAAUGUGCUUUAGAAUUAUAUACAAUAUGUAAUAAAAGAAAUAUUAUGAAACGCUAUAUCUAUGUAGAUCUUGGGUAUAUGAGUAAUUUUGUCCGAAAGUAACAGAUGUUUUAUUAUGAAGUGCUACAAUAAAUUAUGGAUAUAUUUAAAAUAUUAAUAUUAAGAUUUUCUCUGUGUAUAUGUGUAUUAAAGGGUACAAAGCAAUAUUGGACUGUCAGUAAUGAAAAGUCAUAUUGGACUGUUGGUAAUCAGUAGCUAUAUUGGAUUGUUGGUUAUUGGUUGCUAUAUUGGGUUGUUGGUAACCAGCAACCAUAUUGGACUGUUUUAACCAGCAGUCAUAUUGGACUUUUGGUAAUCAGCAGUUAUAUUGGACUGUUGGUAACCAGCAGCAAUAUUGGACUGUUUGUAACCAGCAGCCAUAUUAGACUCUUGGUAACAAGCAGUUAUAUUGGACUGUUGGUAACCAGCAGCUAUAUUGGAUUGUUGGUAACCUGCAGUCAUAUUGGACUCUUGGUUAUCAGCAGUAGUAUUGAACUGUCUGCAGUCAGUAAAAUAAUCGUAUUGUAAUAAGAAUUAUACAGAAGCACAUUUUUGGAAAGAAUUAUGUUUCUUAACUUCUGGUGUAUUAAAUUAUUUAAGCACCUUUAAAACUAUAUUUAAGACAUUAUCACAAGAGUAUGAAAACUAUGCUAUGUAAUUUUACAGUAUUUUUACAUUGUAAUGUCUGUUACAUUAAUUUAUAGCUUUACACCCUUUUAAGUGAAUAAGCAUAAUAACUUUAAUCUGCCUGACUUUGUCAACAUUACAAAAUCUUGUCUGUAACAUUGGCUAUGGCAAAGUACAUGUUGUUGAAUAUUCAUGAACAUUUAAACAUAUUCUUGAAUUUUUAUGAAUAUUCAGUAAGCUUAGUAUAUUUUCAGACAUGUAUUUAUUAUUGAUAAAUAGAUAAGGGAGUUAUGACGAGGGAGGGACAAAGACAAAGUAUAUGUUAAUAGAUAUAUUCAUGAACAUUUAUGCCAUAUUGAUAAAUAUUCAUGAACAUUUAUGCCAUAUUGAUAAAUAUUCAUGAACAUUUAUGCCAUAUACAUAUAUAUUAACAUUUAUGUCAUAUACAUAAAUAUUCAUGAACUUUUAUGAAUAUUAAAUAAACUUGACAUUCAUUUAUUAUUGAUAGAUAGGUAGGUGUUAUUAACAAGUGGGGAGGGGGUGGGACACAUUUUUCUUUUAAGAUUUUUUUUCUAAUUUUUAUGAAUGUUUUAUUGAAGUAAACUAAGUUUAUUACAUUUUUGAAAGACCCUUUGUCUUAUACAUGUUGAUGUAUAUAUUAAAUAGAGUUUUUAUUUUAUAUAUUAAAUUAUUCUUAAACGAAUCAUGUCAUCAAAAUUUCUAUAAAAAUCACCUAUAUCUGUAUAUGAUUAUAUAUAGUAUGAUACAUUUUUCAUUGGAUUUAUUUUUUUUUUUACCUAUCCGCUAGUUCAUUUCUUACUAUUAGUUUUUAAUAACAUUUGAAUGAUUUCUUAAUAGAAAAUUAGUUUUAAAUUAUCUUAAGAUAACCUUUAAAUAGUUUUGAAAAAGAUAAUUAAUGUAUCUUUUUAGGCUUUUCUAGAUUACUUUUAAUUUAUAUUUAUUUUUCAUCAUAAAGUUUAUAGUGAUAUAUUUACUUGUCUAUAGGACGGACCAUCUAUAAGACGCGGUCUAUUUUUUUUACUACAAAUCUGCAGUA